GUUUGUUUAUUGAAACAGUCCUGGGAUAGCUAGUCGUAGAUUGAAUAUCAACACACAGAACUCAGGAGUCACCGUGAGAGAUAUUCUGUUGGACAAUAAACUGUGCAUAUGAACACUGUCUGUUAAUGUUUGUUUAAUAUAAAUGGAAAUUUAGAUAAGAUGCGAUCUAAAAAAUGGCCGCAAGGAAACCAGUGUCUGUGUAAUAUAUCUGUGUUGAAAUACCACGAAAUUCUGUAGAAAUGGAUUUAUUAGUGUCAUUUGGACUGAAUCUAGAAAGUAUGUUUUAAAAUUCUCGUAUGGCUUCAGUCAUUUAGAUCAACCAUUGACUUAUUUGUGAGCCAUAGGUGCAUAUUAAAGUCAAACAUUUAGUGUGUUAUUGAAGUUUCGAGAUGGUAUCGAAGCUAAUCUAGUACUUGGCAGCCUUAAGAUUCUGAAACGGAAGUACAAACUGCAGACGAUUUCUUCUCCUAGGAUUAUAAUGUAAACAAAGACUCUCAGAUUUAUGUGGAAUAUUAGAGAAUGUGGAGUGUUCUUGGGGUUCUGUUCUGCAAGGUCACGAGAAAACUGUGCCUAAAACAAUGUUAACUGACACAUGUCAAUGUUGUCGUGGUCAACAAGGUCAAGAGCAACCACCAACACAUCUUAUUCAGUGAUAGUGACCAUUAAAAAUAUCGUAUUUCCAACUGCAGGAAACUAUCAAUCAAAAGGCAAACGUUCAACAUGCGAGCUACAAGGAAACUGACUCUACACAAAGUUCUACUUGUAACCAGCACUCUCUACUUAUACCUCAACACAGUUCAUGCAGGAUUGUUUUGUCCGUCAUAUGUGGGUAACUACGACUACCACUUUGUCCUGGAGAUCUAUGACGUCCCCCCGGAAUGUCUUGAAAACAAUAACAUUAUCUACUCUCUGGAUUCAGCUGGGGUCAUAAAGUGUUCUAAUAACACAGAAUGUAAAACCUCGACAGAUGUGGCCGACAGUUACGAAGUUUGGUUCAAAAAACUUGGCCGUCCAAAUGGCUUACAAUAUAACUUGACCUACCCGAGCACUGCUAACGUCACACUCCCCCUGGGCACGUACCAAACUGUCUGGACUUGUGGCCGACACCAAUAUAACCACAGCUGUACCGUCAGGACAGGAGUGGAAGAAGACGAAUGUGACUUUUGUCUGCAUAAUACUUAUUGUGAAGAUCUCCCUGUAGGCUACCAAUGUCUAUGUGAAGACGGUUACAGUGGAAUAAACUGUUCUCAAGGUGACCAGAGACUGUACUGUAACUAUACGGAUAUUUUUUACUCCACCUACGCACACGCCUGCAGUGAUCCAAAAGCUCUAGACUGCUAUGUCGCUGGCCAAACUUUGAGCCAGCCUCUGCAGUUUAAUCUCGACAAGGUUCAGUUUAAUGUCUCCUUCCUCAUGACCAACCAGUCGGCCAAUAUAAGUAUCUGCGUCCCAGAAAGUGCAGUUAUAGGAAACUAUACGUUUAUCGGAACCAUCGAAGCAGAGACUAGAGAGAAAUUCGACCUGACGUUUGAUGUCUACCUAAUGUCCGUGUUUCUAAAUGUCCCUGAGUCCGGAUAUUAUUUGUUUAAUGUCUCGGAAGACGUAAGUGUCAAUGACAAAGUUGUGAACGUGUCUAAGACUCCAUGCUCUGACUGCAUCCAAAUAGUGGACAAUAAAAAGACAGAAAAUAUUCAUUUUUUUGAUACUGUAUGGGAUGAUGCCAUUACAUUGGACAAAAACACCUUUAUCGUCACGAGGCCACUUAAGGCACCCAAUGUUGUCAUGAAAAAACUCAAGGCAGCCGUAGGACAAUUAGAUUACGGGUCUAUUAAUGUGACCUUUCAAGUGACGGAUGUCGACGAGCCACCAUCAUGUAACGAAACAGAAAUAGACAUAGAGAUCUCGUUGCCAGGGGACAGCGUCGACACACUAGACGUCCAUCUCAAUUGCUCAGAUCCUGACGUAGAGGCCAAGUUCAAGGUCAUCAACUACUCCGUUGACCCAAACUAUGAAAGUUUUUUCAGUGUCAAUGAGGAUGGGAUACUACGUGUGACCAGCUCGUUAGCCUACUUGGCACCUGGACUCCACCAUUUUAACAUAACCCUCAACAAAGAUUACAAAGACGAUCGAUUUCGUACAAUUCUUCAGAUUUCUCUGACUAUUAGAGACCCAACACAAGAAAGUGGAGACACCACAGUACCAACAGAGCAGGAGGACACAACUGAAACCACUGAGCCUAUGUCUACUACAACAACAGUCUCUGACACGCUUAGGAAUACUACACUUUUUUACUAUCCAACUCCAUCGGCAUCUAGGUACAUAACAACAGCUACCUCAGCAAACUCAACUUCAUUUGUCACCUCAAACCUUUUCAGCACAGCUUCAACACCUUCUACACCCACAUUUGGCUCCUUGAGCACAGUCACAUCGAUUGGACAUAAUAGCACAUUUGCAUCUAGUGGCUACUUAAGCACAAUAACAUCUAGUCGCUAUGUUAGCACAUUAACAUCUAGUGACUACGUUGGCACAUUAGAAUCUACUGACUACGUUGCUACUUUAGCAUCUAGUUUCUACGUAAGCGCGCUAACAUCUAGUAAUCCAUUAACAUCUAGUGAUCCCGUUACCAAAUUAACAUCUAGUGGCUAUGUUAGCACAUUAACAUCUAGUGGCUACAUUAGCACAUUAACAUCCAGUGACUACGUUAGCACACCAGAUUCAACUAAUCAUGCUAGCGUAACAAACACGAAUACUGUUUUGAACACUUCAGUCACAACAUCUGGUACAACGCCAACUGUUUCUUUGGGAUUUACAUCACAAAGUGAAAUGAUCACUUUCCCUGUUUCUUUAAGCACAGCAGCAGAUUCUUUGAUUACACAUUCACCAGUUGAUCCAUUUUAUAUAACAACAAAAAGUGAAGAUUCUAUAAUGACAAAUACAUUGAGUAAUCCAGUGUAUACAUCAAAAGCAAGUGAAGAUUCUAUAACGACAAAUUCACCAAGUGAUAUAGUGUAUUCAUCAGAUUCUAUAAUGACAAAUGCACCUAGUGAUCCAGUGUAUUCAUCAGAUUCUAUAAUGACAAAUGCACCUAGUGAUCCAGUGUAUUCAUCAGAUUCUAUAAUGACAAAUGCACCUAGUGAUCCAGUGUAUUCAUCAAACUCUAAAAUGACAAAUGCACCUACUGAUCCAGUGUAUUUAUCAGACUCUAUAAUGACCAAUGCACCUAGUGAUCUAGUGUAUUCAUCAAACUCUAAAAUGACAAAUGCACCUACUGAUCCAGUGUAUUUAUCAGACUCUAUAAUGACCAAUGCACCUAGUGAUCCAGUGUAUUCAUCAAACUCUAAAAUGACAAAUGCACCUACUGAUCUAGUGUAUUUAUCAGACUCUAUAAUGACCAAUGCACCUACUGAUCCAGUGUAUUCAUCAGAUUCUAUAAUGACAAAUGCACCUAGUGAUCCAGUGUAUUCAUCAAACUCUAAAAUGACAAAUGCACCUACUGAUCCAGUGUAUUUAUCAGACUCUAUAAUGACCAAUGCACCUAGUGAUCUAGUGUAUUCAUCAAACUCUAAAAUGACAAAUGCACCUACUGAUCCAGUGUAUUUAUCAGACUCUAUAAUGACCAAUGCACCUAGUGAUCCAGUGUAUUCAUCAAACUCUAAAAUGACAAAUGCACCUACUGAUCUAGUGUAUUUAUCAGACUCUAUAAUGACCAAUGCACCUACUGAUCCAGUGUAUUUAUCAGACUCUAUAAUGACAAAUGCACCUAGUGAUCCAGUGUAUUCAUCAAACUUUAAAAUGACAAAUGCACCUACUGAUCCAGUGUAUUUAUCAGACUCUAUAAUGACAAAUGCACCUAGUGAUCCAGUGUAUUCAUCAAACUCUAAAAUGACAAAUGCACCAAGUGAUCCAGUGUAUUCAUCAGAUUCUAUAAUGACAAAUGCACCUAGUGAUCCAGUGUAUUCAUCAGAUUCUAUAAUGACAAAUGCACCUAGUGAUCCAGUGUAUUCAUCAGAUUCUAUAAUGACCAAUGCACCAAGUGAUCCAGUGUAUUCAUCAGAUUCUAUAAUGACAAAUGCACCUAGUGAUCCAGUGUAUUCAUCAACAAAACUUGCAGAUUCUAUCAGAAAAACUUCUUCAACCAUUUCUUUGAGCACACUAGUAGCAAGUGAAGCCUUCAGCUCACUGUCAUCUACUAACAUUUUAAGCCAUACAUUAACAAUCACUUUCUCCAGCACGUCUAAAUCCAUUGAUAUGUUGAGCACAUCAGCCACGUCAUUUCAACUUACAACAGCUAAUUUUUUAAGCACAACCGAAUCAACAUAUUUUUUUAGUUGGUCAACUCAGAGCACACCAACCUUGACACCAGAAGUGUCCCAGAUUUCAGAGUCUCCUCUCAUCACCCCUACAGCUACGGUGUCACUGAAUUCAGUGUAUACAACGAGUUCUGAUUCACAGAUGCCUUCAACUUUAGUAGUCGACCCUACCAGCACACCGGUAGUGACCAGUACAUUGCCACCAGAAAAUUGUAUUCCAGAAACUGUUGUCCUGACCCAGACUCUAGCUCAAAAGAAUAAGACCAUUUACAACAUUAGUUGUAGUCAGUCUGGAGUAGUCGGUUUGGAGCUACUUAGCAGUGGAGAGGCAGGUGAUGCUGUGCAAUUGAUUGGAACAUCAAUUUUCUUAUCUAAAGAACUCCCCAACACCCUGGCCAAUUUUACCAUCAUAGUUGCAGUCAAGUUCGUUGGACGCUCUGACAAUUAUUCAACAACAUUUCUGCUAGCCUGCCCAGAAACCAGGGAACCUGAUGGAGUCAUAUUUUCACAAGCAUGGCCAGAAACAUUGCAUACUGAAGCUUGCCCUACAGGCUAUUCAGGUACUAUUUCAAGAUGGUGUACCAAAGAUGCCACAUGGGAGCCCUAUAACAUUACAAGUUGUACACGAGGUGUAGAUAAAGCUCUUAAUAUGCUGGACCAACUCAAUUCUAGUUCUCUUAACAUGUCUCUGGUCAAAGAAAUUAUCAAACUGGCUGAUCCUCAAAAACCUGUCAAUAAUUCAGAGGACUUCAAGAAUCUCUUGACAAUUCUAAAUAGACUGAGCAUUACUUUCAAAGACUCAGAUGCUCCUUUAGACUUUGACUCUUUCCAGCAAAUAGCAAACAUUACAGAUCAGCUUGUGUCAGGAGAUGAUAAUGUAUGGCUGAAUGAACGGAGUGGUCAAGAUCAGGCAGCACAGCUCAUGGAGUCUUUUGAGAGAAUGGCUACUGCAUCCCUCAAAUCUUUGAACAAAACAGGAGAAAUUACACUCACAACAAGUAAAUUAGGAAUUACUCUGAAUGUGUUGGCAAAGAAUAUCACAUAUGAUAGCACUCAAAGCCAAGGAUGGGUGAAUGAAGCUAAAAAUAAAAUCUCUUAUGAUCCUUUAGAUGCAGGCUCACUGAAUUACUCCAUAAUACUGUACAGAAAUCUUGCAGAUCAUGUUAGGUUGAACCAGUCUCUACAGGAAAAGUUUGAAGAGUCCAAAGGUCUAGUGAAUAAGACUUUCAAUUCCUAUAUUAUCAGCAUAUCAGUCAGUCAGGGACAGAUCAGUAAACCUAUUAGCAUCACCUUCAGUUUAGUACAAAAUAAUUAUUCAAAACCUGCGUGUGGAUUUCUCAACACUUCAAACAGCCUUGAAAGUUUCUGGUCAACAUCUGGAUGUACAGUUACAGCCUUCUCUGAAAGUCAGGUGACUUGUACUUGUAACCAUCUCACCAAUUUUGCUGUUCUCAUGAGUCCGUUUGGCAAUCUUAUAGAUACUGAGGCACUGUCUUACAUUUCAAUAAUAGGAUGCAGUAUCUCUUUGUUCUGUUUAACAUUGACUGUCAUAAUCUACAUAGUGCUGUGGAAGUACCUAAAAAAUGACCGUUCAGUCCUGCACCUUAACCUGAGUGUUUGUCUGAUGAUUGGUUACAUAGUCUUUCUGGCAGGUGUUAGGAGUACAGAGAACAGGGUUGGUUGUAUUGUGGUGGCUGCUCUGUUACACUACUUCUUUUUGGCUGUCUUCUUCAUGAUGCUUGCAGAGGGAGUGGAGAUAAUUAAGUCUGUGUCCUUUGUGUUUACAUCCAGGUCUAUCAUUGGCUACCUCCUUUUAGGAGCAUACGGUAUACCACUGAUAAUAGUUGGUGUCUCUCUGGCAGUUACUCAAACAGAGGGUUAUGGUAAUGACAAAUAUUGUUGGCUGUCAACAUCCUCUGGAUUGAUUUGGGCUUUUGUUGGUCCUGUACUGCUAAUAUUUCUUGCCAAUUUGAUUAUCUUGAUAAUAGUACUAAGAACAAUGCAGACCUCAAGGAUAAUUAAAGACAAAUCUGUACCAGACAGAGUCAAGUCAGCCAUCAGAUCAAUUUGUAUACUUUCCCCCAUUUUGGGAUUGGCUUGGAUCUUUGGUGUUCUAUCUGUUAAUGAAGCAUCACAAGUCUUCACUUAUUUGUUUGCAAUUUUUAACUCAUUACAGGGCCUUUUUAUAUUUAUCUUCCAGUGUCUUCUUCAACAUCAGGUGAAGGAUGCAAUGAAGGAAAAGAGACGUAAAUAUAAAGUACAGAACUCUGUGGAUUCAGGACAGAAACUUGUCUCUUCUAACAGUUCUGUCAGAGGCACACAGUCACAGAGUAACACUACUACAAAGAGUACAAGUGAAGGUGUGUUUGACUACCCUUUGUUUCCAAAUGCUGUAUAUAAAGAUGCUAAAAAUGAAAGCAACACUGUUUAUAAAGAUGCUAAAAAUGGAAACAAGAAUGAAGUUACCAGAGGCCAAGAUGCUACUGAAGCUGCCAACAUGGCAAUAAAGGAAGAUAAUUAUAUGAAUUAUGACCUAGCAUAUGCUGGGACUCCUUAUAAAAACUCUGAUCCCAUGGUGUUUCCAAACUAUGGGUUUUCAUUUAGUGAGAUGGACUUAGAUGAUUUCAAAAGCAAUAACCAAAUUGUAGAAAUAGAUGGCAACUCUAUUAGAUCAAAAGAAAGUUGGCAAGCUCGUUCAAGAAGAAGAAAACAAGGUCUUGAUGAAAAUGCAGAAAUUGAGAAAGAAAGAUUAAAGCAUGUUUAUGGAGAUGUGCAAGCAGUUAGGCGACUUCCACAGAAUUCUGUGCCAGAAAACAGCCAACUUAGAGCUAAAGAAAGAUGGAAGCAGCUACAACUUCUUGCCAAGUCCACUCAAAAGUCUAAAGACAGAGACUCCAUCCCUGAGACAAAAGAGGACAUCUUUAUGGCACCGCAACUGGGUGCCUUGGUGGACAGUUACAAACACAAUAACCCAAAGAAAUCACGGCCACAACUUCCUCCACUUGUAAUACCCAGACCAAAUGCUGGCCACAGCCUCUCCCCAGGAUACCAUUCUCACAUUUAAGCAUUUGAUCAAGGAUAUUAAUAUACUAUUUCAUUAUAAUUUAGACAGCGACUUGAAGCUUUUAUCUUAUCACAAAACUAUUUUUUAAGAUUUCAUGUUUAUCUCUUAGCAAAGUUACAGUAUUUUAAACAGUAAGAACAAUUUGUAUAAAUGUAUGCUCUUAUCUAAGAACAAUGUAUGCUCCCUUCCACAUGCUUACAAUAUUGCAUUGUAUUUUAAUUUAUUGUUAUUACAAUAUUUGUAAUUUGUUAUUUUCCUUGUCAUAUAAUUUAUUGUUCUUACAGUCAUACAGACAAAUUUGUUUCAAUAAUGUGCCAAUAAAAUGUUUGUUAUAAAUGUAUAUAUUCAUAUCAUUAUUGCAUUAUUUUAAAACAUUGUUAAUAUUGUGGGCUUGUUUAUUAUAAUAUAGUGUUCAAAAUGUGAUUAUGUGUAAUGUGUUUUAUUAUUAUAUGCUACUUUUAUUAAAUAAAUAAUUAACAACAAAAUUUUAAAUUUCUAUUAAGAUUUACCUUUUUUUGAUAUAACAUGUUAGAAUUAUUUGUUAAUUAUAACUUUCAGAAUUAUCUACUAAUUUCUGUGCAUGAGUAAUUCCCCUAAUUGAGUGCAUAACAAGCAAACUAUUUUUUGUCCUCUUUUAUUUCAACCACAACUUUAAUGCCUCUUUUUUUUAAAUCUGGUCUUCCAGAUCUAUCACCUGGGCCCCCUCUUGUACAGCUGCUUCAUAGUGCCAUUGUUUUGUGAACUAUUUAAGAUUUUACCAGCUGUUCAAAUAAACUCUUUUAUUUUCAUGUUUCACUUUUAGUUACAAAUAUAUUUGUAACCGAGACGUUGGUUUAAUCAUUUUAAUCUGAAUAUUAUAUACAUGCCUUUCACAUGAUAUUAUUAGUUUUUAUUUACAUUGUUGUUAUGUUAAAUUGUUUCAUGCAAUAAACGAUCUGUUUAAUAA